AUGGAAUCAUCCGUAGUUCUGAUUAACAAUAAGGUUUAUUUUAAUGGUGGAUGGAAUAGAAGUUAUGUUGAUAGCUUUUUCUAUCUUGAUGUUUCAAAACCUUUUACAACAAGUGACGUAGCAUCAAUGCCUUGGACCGAUCUUUCUUCAAUAACAGGUCGAAUAAAUAGGACUGGUUCAACAGCCUGUGGAACAAAUAAUAAUCAAAUUUUUUAUUUUGGCGGCGGAGAAGUUGAUAAUUUUACUGCCAUAUUUGAUAUCACAGCACAACAAUGGAGCAUACCAAAAAUGUCAGAAAACUUUAUAGUAGAACGAAAAUUUACCCAAUGUGUUGUUUCGGGAGAUAGAAUGUAUAUCUAUGGGGGAUAUGAAAAUUUAUUUAGCAUGGUUAAAUUAGAUGUAUUAAAUUUAGCAUGGUCAAUAUUUUAUCCUGGAUUAAUGGCUCCUAUUGGACUUUUCGGUAAUGGUGCUAUACUCUUAAACAAUACACAUAUAUUAUAUAUUGGGGGUAAUUCUGUUCGUUAUGGCGCAACUAUUUCCUAUCUUUUAUUAGAUAAGUUACCAAUGUACAAUAUUGAUGAUAAUACCUGGAGCAUUGUUCCUACUUCAGGGAAUAUUCCAUCCGCACGAUAUCACCACGGAACAGUCUUUAUACCUCAAUAUAAUCAAAUUUUAAUAUUUUAUGGAUAUCCGAUUCCGGAUAAUUCGAUUAUGGCACUUGAUACCUUGAAGUUUGUAUGGUCGAUUCCUACAAUUUCAAACAUUGGUGGCUCUCAAAAUAAUUUGAACCGUUUUAAUUCCAUAUUAAUUGGAACUUAUAUUCUUAUUGCAUUUGGAAUAUCUGAUAAUGAUUAUACAAAUAACAUGUUUCUUCUUGAUGUAAGUCAGAAAGAUAGUUAUAAAUGGGUUACAUCAUAUGACCCUACCAAAUCAACUUCCACUACCUCCACUCCAACUCCAUCAACUUCCGUAUAUUCACCAACAACUUCAACCACCUCAACCACUCCAUUCACUUCAACAACUCCUAUUAAUUUUGGUGCAAUAAUUGGUGGCACAAUUGGUGGAAUUGCGGGGUUGAUAAUCUUGUCAACAGUUGCAUUUAUUACUAUCAAAAGAUAUGGUCAUUCUCCAAACUUUUUUACUUCACAGGAAGAAGAAAGUAAUCAACAAAUUUCUUAA